UGAUCCUUCAGGCUUUGUUGAAGCUAGGAAGCCAUUUUGGGAUUCUGCAGUGUGGAAUAGAAAAUAACGUACUGUCAACUUGCAAACUUGCCUUGAAUGAUUUUGGCUGGGAUUGCCAGGCUUUGGAACAGAAGGCUGAAACAUUUAAUCGUGCUAAACAUGUGAAACGGAUGACACUGGAUUUGGGAUAUCUAGGUUUGCCACACGUUUACUGCCGUCUUCUGUCCAUCUGCAAUAAAGUGAUAGAUCUUGGAGCUUUACCUAGUUCAAGUUACUCUUCAACUGCUCUGGAUUUUGAGACUGAACAUAAAUUGGAUCCAGUAUUUGAUUCUCCAAGAAUGUCGAGACGCAGUUUACGUCUGAUCACUGCAGGAUACAAUAAAGCAGAUGAUGUUCGAACUGAUGGCAUCUACAACAACUCCUAUUCUGGAAACAUGUCUUUUACAGAACAAUCAUCUAAAACAGUAAAGCAGUGCAAAAGUAUGAGCAAACAAUCAGGCAGUGCAAAACAUACUCCAAGAAAAAAUCUAUCCAGCUCUUCUGCUUUUAGCCAAAGUAGCUUCAACAGCCACGUCAGUGAUACAUCUACGCUGUCCACUGUAUUGGAUGAAUCUCUGAUUCGGGAGCAGACAGAGCUUGACCAUUUUUGGGGUCUUGAUGAUGAUGGUGAUCCUAAAGGUGGGGACACAACAGUGAUUCAGGGAAAUGGUGAUCUAGCAACAGUAGAAACGCAGACUACCGUAAUCAAUGGCUACACCUGCAAUGAUUGCAGUAUGCUUUCUGAACGGAAAGAGGUCCUCACAGCAUACUCUACUUCUCACAUGCCUUCUUCAAGAAUUUACUCCAGGGAUAGGAGCCAAAAACACAAGUCUGGAGGCACCUUUUUCUACAUGAAUAAGAUUCUACAAUUGGUCAAAUACGCUGCAACCUCUUUUGCAUCACUGUUAGUGCAACUAUUUCAAAUGGUUCUGUUGAAGCUGGGUUAUGAAUUUAAAGCUCACUCAAACUACUGUGGAAGUAUGAAUGUAAAAGAGUUUCUCAGAGAAGAUGGCCAUCUUGGUAUAAAUGGGGAAUCUUUGUGUGAUGACUGUAAGGGGAAGAAACAUCUUGAAACAUACACAACAGUCCACAUGCAAUCCUCAAGGUCUAAAAGGGUAGCAAGGACCAUUUGGCACACCUUUUCUUAUGCAGGUUACUUUGUGCUACGAGCAUUGCGAACAGUGGGAACAACAGGAUGGCUUGUAUCUCGGAAGGUGUUAGCACUACUGUGGCUGGCCAUUGUUUCUCCAGGUUAUUUUCCUAAUAAUCUGUGUAAGGCAGCUUCUGGAGCUUUCUGGUGGCUUGGAACUGGAUGGUAUCAACUUGUUACUUUGAUUUCUUUGUUCAAUGUGUUUCUUCUUACAAGAUGCCUUCCAAAAAUUUAUAAGCUGUUACUGUUUCUCAUCCCACUGCUGUUGCUCCUGGGUUUAUGGUACUGGGGGUUGGAAGGCUUCCUUGCGUUACUGCCUGCAUUCAAUUGGACAAGCAUAAGUAAACCACAAAGUGUUGAUGAGUCUGUAUACAUCCUGAAACCAAGGCCUGAUUCUUUUCACUCAGUUCGGCCUCCAGAGGAUUCCAUUAACUUUGAUUUUAGCCGCAUGAAAGAGUUGGAAAAACAGAUUGCCUUAAUGUCUGACAGAUGUCAUCAUCAUGAUGAAGAAUAUGGUAAAGUGAUGCUGUUGCUCCAGAAGCUUCAGGAUCAGGUUGCCCUGAUGAAUGACAAAAGUGAAAUGUUAACACUAAUAAAAAACGUAAUGGGCCAACAUCUUAAAGAAACUAAAUCUGAAGAAACAGCACACUCAAUGACUGACCUUCUGGCCUUAUACCAAGAACACAAAUUGAGCAUCAUGACGUUGGAAGACCAUAUUGGAAAACUCUCUGCAAAAUAUGAGGGCAUCCAGAAGGAUCUUGAACUAAGCAAAACAAGAACAGUGAGUGUGGGUGAUGAACGGUAUGAGAACCUCUUAUCCAAAGCUAAACAAAUGGAACAAGAGUUGGCUAGUAUGAGAGUAGAACUGUUUAACUUGCAAGGCUUGAAGACUCAGUGUGAGAAAGUAGAUACCAUAUAUGAAAACGUAGAUGCCCAGAUCAAGGAAUCUGUCAAGCUUAUGUUUUUUGGUGACCGGCACAGUGACUUCUCUGAAUCGCUGCUGCAGUGGAUGAUGUCUAAAUUCGUGAGCAAGAAUGAUUUGCAGACCUUGUUACAAGAUCUAGAGAUGCGAAUCCUCAAGAACAUAUCUUUUCAUAUGUCUGUCUCAAACCAAAAGUCAACCUCUGAAAUUGUUACAAGUGCUGUUAAUGCUGGGAUUUCUGGUAUCUCGGAAGCGCAAGCACGCAUUAUUGUAAAUAAUGCACUGAAACUCUAUUCUCAAGACAAGACUGGUAUGGUGGACUUCGCUUUAGAAUCUGGAGGUGGUAGUAUUCUGAGUACUCGCUGUUCUGAGACGUAUGAAACUAAAACAGCACUAAUUAGUCUCUUUGGAAUUCCUUUGUGGUAUUUCUCACAAUCUCCCAGAGUGGUAAUUCAGCCUGAGAUGUAUCCAGGAAACUGUUGGGCUUUCAAAGGAUCACAGGGGUACCUUGUAGUUCGACUUUCUAUCAAGAUCUACCCAACAGCUUUUACGCUGGAACAUAUACCAAAAACACUGUCACCGACGGGUAACAUUACCAGUGCACCUAAGGAUUUUACGGUAUAUGGCCUGGAUGAUGAAUAUCAGGAAGAAGGCAUACUUCUGGGACAGUACAUGUAUGAUGAAGGAGGAGAGCCGCUGCAGACAUUUCAAGUGACGGAGAAAAACGAAAAUGCAUUCCAAAUAGUGGAGCUAAGAAUCCUUUCUAACUGGGGCCAUACAGAGUACACCUGUCUCUAUCGGUUCAGAGUGCAUGGGAGACCUGCUGAGUAAACUACUACCAUAGCUUGCUUUUUCUGUUGUUGUUGUACAUUUUUCUGUUUGUAUAUAUUGGAAAGCCUAGAACACUGGAAUCUUUAAAGGAUGAGGAAGUGUGACAUACUACAGGCUCAGUGCUCCUCUUGAAUAAAAGGCUGAAGACCCAGUCAAACUUUUUGUACAAAAACUCCUGUAUGCUCUGAUGCUCAGCUUUAUGAUUGCCAGUCAGCUUUAUAUUUUAUUGUGUCAUUGCUGAUGAUAAAAUAUUGCAUGUAAACUACUCUGGUUCACAAAACUCAGUUAGCAAACAGGUGAUACCUAUUUUAUUACAAAUGAAUGUAUAGGUUUUUUUAAAUAAACCACAUUUGCUGCAGCUGGAAAUCUGUUUUUAAUACAGGGCUUAUCUGCACACUUCUUAGCCUGGUACCAUAAGACAAAACUUAUGGAUAUAUUUUAAACACUAACUGUGUGUAAGUUGACCCUGGCUUUUGAACUUCUUGCUAGGCCCACAAAGAUUUCCUUGCUAGAUGUAGAAUAUGGUGAAUGUUACUGUCAGGGAAAAUCACUACAACCAAAACUAGUUUUAAACACCAGAGGCCUGAAGACCUUUUCUCUAACAUGGGGGCCAUUCAUUAAUCUAAAAGCUAGCAUUGAUUUUUUUAAACCACUAACGUUAUUUUAAGUUUUCUUCUUAUUCACUUAGCUUGCUGUACUCAUGUUCAGUGUGGUUGGUUUGUCUUACUGUACACUAAGGUGAAAACAUAGUCAGGUGUCUGCCUGAGAUUAAUUCACGGCUAAAAUGUCUGACAAAAAAAACUUCAUACCCCAGAAAUGAUCUCUUCAGGACAGGAUUAAUUAGGCUGACACUCUAGAGUCAUUGCUGGACAAUGGAAAUACAGUAAGUGAAAAUGAGUGAUUUCAAGCAGAACCUUGCAGAACUUUUUUAAAAAGUGAAUCUGCAUGGACUAUCUGCAAGAGAUUUAUUUUAGGCUCAGUGCCAUGGUAUUUAAACAUUGUUUCCACUUUUUACCCUUAAAAUGGAAAACUUUUAUCCUAGAAGGAAUGUUAGAGUUUUUUGUUGGCAGCACCUUGAUUUAGAAUUUUAAUUUGAGCUUGCAUUGAGUAAAAGAUCACUUGUUGCUCUCCCUGUGUUGAUACUUUAAGGGUCAUUUCAUAACUUUUGAGUAUUACUGGAAACUCUUUCUGAACAAGAUUCUGGAAAGAGACUUCUGUGCAGAAAUCUUCUCUUACUGUUGUAAUGCAUUUUAUUGGGUAAACUUAGUUACAGAUGAGCUAUGUAUUUUUCAGAAAGAUGAAUGAUGGUGCUGACUGGUUUUCUGGAUAGAGUUAUGUAUGUUGCACAACAGUCCUCAGAUUUUUUUAAAGCUCUCCAUGGGAAGAGUGUUUUGUUCACUUUAAGUUCAACUAGAAACAGAAGCAAUGGCCUAUGCAGAAAAGCUAGAUCAAACAUGUACAGGUGUUUCAUAUUAUAGGUCAGAUAUUUAAAUCAGAAUUAUCUUGUAUAAAUUGAAAUUAGGCAGCUGGGGUGGGAAUAUUUUGAAUAACACUAACUUAUUUUUAAAGACGCAAGAUAGGACUUUGUGCAAUGUAUUUUUGUAAAUGCUUUUCAAAAUGUCGUUUGCUGCCUCCAAACUGACAGAUGCUAUUGAGAUGUUUAAAUAAAGAGUUUUAAUUUUUGAAAGUGCAUGUAAUAUUUGAAACAAGUAAUAAAGAUGCUUUUCUGUA